GAGAGACUCUCCCCCACUAGCAUCCACUCUGCCUGUAGCUGCGUUAGCUCUGUCAUUAAGUUAACCUGGUUGAGCAGCGCUUUUGUAUGCUGCUGGACGCACAAAAACAGUGGAGAGCUGUCAUUUUUACUCUUAUACUGACGAGUAGAGCAGCAAGUGAACUAAGCAACCUUUCGAGUGGAAGAUACCGGUGGAGAUGUGUAAUAAGCUGCACUGGACAGCAAGGACCUACCUGGCUGCCAGUCCAUCGACUGACAGCUGUCACCUCGCUGCUUAGCUAACUAGCUAGGUGAGCUAACGGCUAACAAGUGUUUAUUCGGGCUCGCAGCCCGGCUAGUUCAGCCAGCCAGUGCGGGUCUCGGUUUAGAGAGGAAAGCGGUGACUUCUCAGCAGUAUUUGACUCCGCCUGCUGUUCAAACCAUGAGUUAGCCGAGCAGCGUCUGGCAGCAGUGUUUGUAAUAUUUUCAGGUCCAGCUAGUUUAGCUAGCUUUUAGCUUGAAGCUAGCUAGCUCAGUCAGUUAUUGAAAAACUGCUGAAGCGUUAACACCUCAGCGAGCAGCGGCUGAUUGAAUCCGACCACGACCGCUGUUGCGACACGGAUACAUUGUGGACUUGGCUGGAUAACAUCUGGGGGAAAUGAAGAAAUUUUUUGACUCUCGUCGGGAGUUCGUGGGCUCCGGGCCUGGUUCUGGAGCCGGUGGAGGAGGCGCUGGUUCUGGCGGCGGUGGCAGCUUCAUCGGACGGGUCUUCAGCAUCGGACGAUAUCAAGUGACCGUCGAGGAAAUCGUCGCCGAAGGAGGUUUUGCCAUAGUGUUUUUGGUGCGGACUCAUCAAGGCCUACGCUGUGCACUAAAAAGAAUGUAUGUCAACAAUGAAUAUGAUCUGCAGAUCUGCAAACUUGAGAUACAGAUUAUGAGGGACCUAGUGGGCAACAAAAACAUAGUUGGUUUCCUGGACUCCAGCAUAACUGCCGUUGGAGCGGGUGAUGUGUGGGAAGUGCUGAUCUUAAUGGACUUUUGUCGAGGCGGGCAGGUGGUGAACCUAAUGAACCAGCGGUUACAGACAGGCUUCACUGAAGCCGAGGUGUUGCAGAUCUUUUGUGACACAUGUGAAGCUCUUGCUCGUCUCCACCAGUGCAAGACUCCAAUCAUACAUCGAGAUCUCAAGGUUGAAAAUAUCCUCCUGCACGACCGGGGACACUAUGUGCUCUGUGAUUUUGGAAGUGCCACAAACCGCUUCCAAAACCCUCAGACAGAGGGGGUGGCAAUCAUAGAGGAGGAAAUUAAAAAGUACACAACUCUGUCAUACCGUGCUCCAGAGAUGGUCAACCUCUAUGGUGGAAAAGUCAUCACAACAAAGGCAGACAUUUGGGCAAUGGGCUGUCUGCUCUAUAAGCUGUGCUACUUCACGCUUCCUUUUGGCGAGAGUCAAGUGGCGAUCUGUGAUGGCAGCUUCACUAUCCCAGACAAUUCGCGCUACUCCCAGGAAAUGCACUGUCUCAUUAGAUACAUGCUGGAACCUGACCCAGAUAAGAGACCAGACAUCUACCAAGUAUCCUACUUUGCCUUUAAACUGGCUCGACGAGAAUGUCCAGUCCCAAAUGUAAAUAAUUCUCCCAUUCCUGCAAAACUUCCUGAGCCUAUCAGAGCCAGUGAAGCGGUGGCCAAAAAGAGUCAAACCAAAGCCAGGCUCACAGACCCAGUUCCUACCACAGAAACCUCAAUUGCACCUAGACAACGGCCCAAAGCUGGCCAGGCUCAGCCACAGCCGAUAUCAGGCAUUCUUCCCAUCCAGCCAGCUCUCACACCACGCAAGAGGCCCAGUGUGACAACUGGAGCGCCCCAGGCCAUAGGCGUUGGUAUCGGUGUCCCACCUCCAGCUGCAGCUGCUGUCCAGCCUGCUCAACAGGCUUCUGCUGCACAAGCUGCAGCACAGCCAGCACAGACAGCCAACAUGCAGCCACAAGCUACACCUCAGCAUCAGCAGCUUCUCAUGAAGCAGCAGCAAGCCUCACCCUUCUUAAGCCCACAGAGCAACCAGCAGCAUCAGCUGGUACAGAACGUCCACCAACAGCAGCCACAACAAACACCGUCUCAAGCAUCUGCUCUGCUGCAGUCCAAAGCUAAACCUGUUCCUCCAGUUGUUACCCUGCAGCAUCAGCAGCAUGUAGCAGCUCCGCAUCUUAUACCCAUCCCUGAGUCUGCAGUCAUUGGUCCUGCAGCCAACCCAGAGGUUGCGACGGUUGGCAGAGGGAUGCACAAAGUUGGAUCCUUGACCCCUCCUUCAUCGCCAAAGAUGGCCCCUAAGAGUGGCCACAGACGCAUCCUAAGCGAUGUCACCCACAGUGCCCUGUUUGGGGUCCCAGUCAGCAAGUCCACCCAGCUACUACAGGCAGCCGCAGCUGAGGCCAGCCUCAACAAGUCAAAAUCAGCCAGCACUACUCCUUCUGGCUCCCCCUGCUCGUCCCAGCAGAGUGUUUAUCAUCCAGGUGAUGCUGAUGCUCCGUCAGCACUUACUGCAACCAGCACUCAGCCCGGCUGGAACCCCUUCGGAGACGAUAACUUCUCAAAACUAACAGCAGAGGAGCUGCUCAACAAAGAUUUUGCCAAGCUAGCGGAGACUGCUUCGACAGGCGAGAAGGCUACAGACUCCAGUGAAAAUCUCAUUCCAGGGCUCAAUGCUUUCCCAGAGAAGCUGAUUGAGGGACUGAAGUCCCCUGAACCUUCUGUGCUGCUUCCUGACCUCUUAACCCUGGCUGACCCCUUCAAUACUUCUGCAGUGAGCUCCACCAAUGCAAAGGCUGAAGUGUGUGUGGAUUCACUGAUUCCUGGUUUGGAAGCUCCCCAGGCUCAGCGACAUUCAGUCCAGCCAGAGCUCAUCCCUGCCAGCAUGCCAGACUCUCUCACUGGGGAGGACUCUCUGCUGGGUUGCGAUCUGUUAUCUCAUACUUCUCAUGGAAACCAGUCUGUUUCUGCUCCUCCUGGCUCCAGCUCUGGAUCUUGUCUGGAGAAGCUGCCACCUGGUCAGAAUGCUUCUGACUCUGCUUUCCUCAUGUCGUGUGGGGAGAAGGGCAAUGACGACGAGUUUGACCCUAUUCCCGUGCUCAUCUCCAAAAACUCAAAUCAAGAUGCGCAAGGGGAGAGUAAUGGCUACUCUGUUCUUGAGGGACAAGAGACUGAAGUUCUAGAAGGAAUUCCUCAGAAAAACGAGGACUGUGUGCACUCCAGCGAUGAAGACGAGGAGAAAGAAGCCCAUAAGGAGGAGCAGCAGGAUGAGGGAGCCGUUGAGAGUGACGUAGCCGCCCAUGACUGCAGUGGCUCCAGACCUCUGCUGAUGGACUCUGACGAUGAAGAAGAACACGGACCUCAGUUAGCUCUCCAGUCGUCACUGCUCUCCAGCACAGUUCCAACACAACCAUCGUCUACCUUCCAUCAGCCUGCUUCAAGCACCUUCACUCAGAAUCAUUCCUCACAUGUACACGACCCGGAAAAGGGGACGGAUGUCUCUGCAGAUGUCUUCUCCAAAGCCCCCUUUCGGAUCGCGCAAGAAGACGCAGGCGAUGUGUUUGCCAACGCUCCGUUUCCACGUGCCCACCUUGUAGCACAGCAGCAGCUCGAUGUAUUCUCUCAGGCUCCCUUUGGAAAAAGAAAGGAGGCCGCAGGAGUGCAACCGAAGACCUCAUACCCCCAUGCAGCUGGUGCUCAUGCCGUAACCUCUGAUCAAGCUGUGUUGGUACAAGUUGCCCAACAACCGUUCCGCCCUCAAGCUCUGGCCAAAUAUUCCCGACACUUUGAGGGACCUGCGCCCCAGCAGCCGGUAGCAGCUCACAGAGUGGUGUCUAAUGUGAGCAGGCAAGCCGCUGUGGCAUCAGUCCCCGUUGGGCCUCUUCACUCAUGGACCUCAGAAGUGGGCACUGUGGAUCCCUUCAUCUCUGCACCCUUUCACCUCAAGGCCCCACAAGAAAAACCCUGAAAGCACACUCAAGAGGUCGGGGCAGUGGGGAUUAACGCCACUGAAUUAUGCAAACUGUAACAGGCAUACUGCAUGCUGUCACCAGCGCUGCAGCUGGACUGCAGGCCCGCAUGGAUCUCCUCCUUAACUGGCUCCAAUUAGAUCUGAUAGUGCAAGAUCAGCUUUACUAAACUGACAUCAUUCCCACACUCCUCGUCACUUUAUAUUUUUCUGGUGAUAUCCUUCCAAGUUUUGAUUUGUCCUUAAACCUUCUAGUAUACAUCUACACAAAGACAAUAUGGUGGUCAAGCAUUUGAUUGUUUCCUUGCCUACCUCAGUUACCUUUUGUGUCGGCGCUGAAACACCACACAGUGAGAGAGUUCAUAGAUUGUCUGCAGCUUUGGCAGUUUUAUUUCCUGUACAUUUGAGCUCAACUGUGAAACUAUGAUCUGAAAACGCCUCAUUCCUCCGUUGUAUUAGUUCUCAGACAGGACAAAUUCAGCUUGAAUCACAAGUUUAUAACUUCACAGAAGCUUGAAGGAGGGAAAGACACUGUGUAGCACUAAUACUGAGUAAAACAGUCUUAUGUGUAAUCACAUCAAAGAAGAAAUGUGCAAACUGCUUUACAGUAACACCCUCAGAGUCAACAGUUUUGGGUGUUUUGGUCUAAGAAGCAGAUGCUGGAUAAUGUUGCAUAGACAUUUCAAGGGUGAUAUUUGUGAAAUGUAUGUUUUUUUCUUUCGAUCCAAAUUGUUUGCAUAUUUGUCAUGUGUAUUAUGUUUGUUGUCGCUGUCCUGUCUCAUGAAAAUGGAAUAUCAGCGUUUGUUCCAUGUAAUGUACGAACCAUAUAUACAUGUUAGGCGUAGAAAAUUAAUUAUAGUAGCUCCUAUGUUAUGUAAAUGUAAAAUAUUCACUUUUCUUUUUACCUCCUUACUGUACAAGCUGAAAUCUCAGAAGCCUUACACUCUUCCAGUGCUCCCUCCUACCACAUCAAACAGCAUAUAUCACUUUUGCCUUUUGUGCCCUCCUGAAGAAAACUGCUGCAUUUUCAUCAUUUAAUUGCACUCGCAUUCAGCGCCAAAUACUUGUGCUGUCUGCACUAAUCAUGCAAGACUUUCAUUCAGCACCGUAAUGCAUCUCUAUUGUAGACUCCUCUAUGAAAUCCAAAUGUGUACCAAUUGUGACACCCACAGUUAUGAAUAACUGAAGCUAGACUGCAACUUUAAAAAUGCUUUCCUGCAGUCACACAUAUAUCUACAGCACUAAUGCUUAGCAGUUCCAGUCAGGGAUUGUAAUAAUAGUAUUGUGUAAGUGAGGUCUUGAAUGGUGUCUGAUUGAGGACAUUCCUUUUGAAUUUAUUUCCAUCACCAUUUGGAAAUAUUUUAUUGUCUUUGUACUUUGUGAAAAUCAUGGAACACUUUUUGGUUCCCAUCACGGCACUUUUAAGAAAGGGGAUCCAAACCUGUUUCAACCCAAAGUUUAAAUUAUGUAUUCCUCUGUUGUAAUGUCAAAUCUAGUGUUCUUUUCUUCUUGAAGUGUACAAUCUAAUUUUUUUCUUUCUUUUUUUUUUUUUUUUUUUAUAAAUGUUCACUUUUCGCACCCAAGUUGUAUACAUGAAGAUUGCACAUAGUCACUGACACAGAGUCAGGGUUCUCUAAGAAUGUGUUUUGUCUGUAACACAGCUGUACAAUUAUUUUUGACCGGUGUUGUGUAGGAAACCUUUGGAGGAACAGCAGAUGACACUGUUGGACAUGAAAGCACUCAGAAUACUUGUUAUGCUGCACAGCCUGCCUUUGAAAACUAUGUUGUAAGUCAUGAAAAAAAACAUUAAAUGAAUGUAAAUCAAA